UUACAAGGUCCCUUGAAUCUCUCUCUCUCCUCGCUCGCCCUUGCCCUUUUGGAUCUCUGUCUUUAAUUAUCAUUACACACAAAAUCUAGACAGAGAAACCAAACCCAACUUCUAGAGAGAGAGAGAGAGAGAGGAGAGAGAAGGGUUUUUACUUCAUUUUUCCUCACUGCAACAAUGGCUUUCUUGUCUUUCCUCGGCAGACUGCUCUUCGUCUCCGUUUUCAUUCUUUCGGCUUAUCAAGAGUUCAAUGAAUUUGGAGUAGACGGUGGGCCCGCAGCCAAGAAUUUGAAAUCAAAAUUCAGUGUUUUCACCAAGCACGUGACGUCGCAAACCGGAAUUCAAGUGCCACAUGUCGAUAUGAAGCAUUUGAUAUUGGGCGCCAUCGUAAUGAAAUCCCUCGGAAGCUUCCUGUUCCUCUUCGGAAGCUCGUUUGGAGCUUCAAUUCUGCUUCUGCAUCAAGCAAUAGCAGCACCGAUCUUGUACGACUUUUACAACCACGAUGCUGACAAGAAAGAGUUUACCGAGCUAUUUGUCAAGUUCACACAGAGUUUGGCCUUGCUUGGAGCGCUUCUCUUCUUCAUCGGCAUGAAGAAUUCAAUUCUGAGGAGAUCGCCGAAGAAGAAGGCAACUAAAGCGAAAACAAACUAAAGAGGAUGUCGAGUUUUAGUUGGUUUGUUUAAAAUUUGCCUGAUUAUUAUUUAUUACAGGUAUCGGUUUUUUUUGGUUAAGGUUGUUUCCUAGCAGCAUUGCAUGGUAUUUUUAAUUUUUUUUAUUUUGGUCGUCGCGCCUUCAUUUUUCGAUAUGUUAUAACUUGGGCACGGUAUACAUUUCGAAAUUCUUGAAAUUUCAAUUACACUGCAGAAAUUAUUUAAGCAAGAAUUGGGAUUUGGCCUUGAUUAAUAUUAUUAAUUUUGCUUCGGAGGUGCUAAUUUGAUCUGAUAGAUUUGAAGGACUU